AUGGCUGAUCUGGCGUCUACCCACUUCUUGAUGGCAGGUGACUUCACAAAUUUUGCAGAUUGGAGGUUCAUUCAUAGAGCAUACUUGAAUCUGGUGCUGCUGAAUGGUGCUGGAGAGACAGUGGCUGCAGGUGCCGUUGAUGUGGGUAUACAACAUAAAGCCUUUCCUACUCUUUUUUAAAAACCAAAAUGUCUAGUUUUCCAAAAAAAAAAUGUAUAACAAUAUUACUGUUGAUUAUAUUAUUCCUAAGAUCAUAUACUAUGGAUGGAGCCAUAGUAUAUAAAUUAAUAUAAAAAAUGUCUCUGAAUUUUAUGCUUGAUGUGCGCAUAAUUCUAUGAUGCUAUGAUUCUAUACAACUCGACUGCAAAAUAAUUUGCUGUGACUACAUCCAUAGUAUAUAUAUAUUGAAGCAUUAUUCAUGAUUCAUAACCACCACCUCUGCUGUUAAAAUAUUAUUCAAACUUAUUAUACUAAAAUAUUGAUACAAAAAUGUACAAAAUUAAUGUUCAAUUAAAAAAAAUAGUAUAAGUUCUAUAAGUUUUUAAAAGUUAAAAUUCAGUUAACCAAUUCUGUACCCUAAUUCAAGAUACUUUUAUAAAAAAAAAAAAUAUGUAAGCCUUGUGUCAUUUGGAUAGAAUAAUAUUAAUACUAAUAUGCAUAUUAUAAGUUAGUUACUCUAAAUUUUGACUCUCAUACUGCAGUUAUUUUUUUUCUACCAACAACUUAUUCUUGCUUUGGUUUAUCUUCCUCACAUUAUAGAGAAUUCUUUUUAAAUUUCUUAUUUGAUCUAGUUAAUGAAGUAGUUGAAGAGUUCUUAAAUAUGUCCCAGUUUUUAAAUUAUAAUUUAUAUAUUAUGAUUAAUAAAUAAUUUCACAACAAACAGUAAUAUAUUGAAAUAGAUUAUAUAGAAUGCUAUGUAGUUUGUGGGUCAGUGCAAAUAUUUAAUACUACAAAAACUAAUUUUAUUUUCUUUGGUUAUAAACCAAUUUUUUUUGAAUAAACAAAUAGAAUAUAUGUAGUAGGAUCAAUAAGUUCCCGGAAUUUCAUUUUAUUUUUUUAUAUAUACAAUUUAAAUAUAAAUCUACUUAAUCUCCUUCAAAAUAUCGUCUUUCAGCACAGACACACUCACUCCAACGAAUUUGUAACUGCUGGAAACAUCUUUGGUAUUCCUCUAUUGGAAUGGCCCUGCGAUUCGCUAUCGCGUUAAUUUUAAUGUCUUCAAUCGAACAACGUUCACCUUUGAGUCCAAGUUUUAGGUUUGGAAACAGCCAGAAGUCACAUGGAACAAUUUCUGGUGAAUAUGGGGGUUGUGGAAUUGUAGACAUUUUUUUAUCCAUUCAAAAUUGCCAAACUGCUAAAGACAAGUGACACAGUGCAUUGUCAUGAUGCAAAAACCAACCAUUUUCCCAUUUACGUUGCCUUUUUCGCCAAAUUGAAUCUCUUAAACACUUUAAAACUUCAAUAUAAAAACUUGAGUUGACUGUUUGUGCAUUAGGUACAAAUUUCCAGUGAACUAACCCUUCAUUGUCGAAGAAAAUUGUCAACAUGACAUUCAAUUGUGAUUUGUCAACAAGUGAUUUUUUUGGCCUCAGUGUGUGCCAUUCUGAUGACUGCAAUUUUGUCUCUGGGUUAUAAGCGAAAACCCAAGUUUCAUCUCCUGUAACGAUUUUCGACAAAAAAUCUUUUUCAUUCAUGGAACGUUUGAAAAGUUCAGCGGCAAUCAAUUUUCUGUUUUAUAUUUGGUCUUCGGUCAAAAUGCGUGGAACAAAUUAAGCAUAAACGCGCUGCAUUUUUAAAUCAUCUUUCAAAAUGUUUUGAACUGAACCAUACGAUAUUCCUAAUACAUUUGCCACAUCUUGACUUCGUAAACGACCAUCUGAUUGCACCAAAUUUUUAACUUUUUCGAUUGUUUCAUCAUUGUUUGAAGUUGACAGCCGGUCACUCCACUCUUCGUCUUCAAGUGACUCUUGAAUAUUUUUGAACCGUUUAAACCAAUCAUAAACGGCUGUUUUCAUUAAUGUUUCAUCACCAUAAACUGUUUUCAAACAUUCAAGCAUUUCUGCAGCAGUUUUUCCAAGUUUAAAACAAAAUUUAAUGUUAGCGCGUUGUUCAAAUUGUGACAUUUUGAAAAAAUACGUAAACUCAGUUUCAUAAGGCUCACAUGAGACUAUUGUAAUUUUAACGAAUAAACCUACUGAUAGCUAAUAAUGUUUUCUUUUAAUUUCAAUAAUUAGAUAUUUGAUAACGAAAAUAGUUUUUUUUCUAUAAAUAAAUUCUGGGAACUUUUUGAUCCCCCUAUGUAUAUUAGUAGCCUGUAAAUUAAGUUUCAUUUUCAAAAAAAUAGCAUAGGUCAUGAUUUGAAAAAUAUUGUUAUAGAACAAUGUAUACAUAGUUUACAUUCAAAGAAGAAUGAUCAAAUUAAUAUUACAAGUGUUACUUUAUACAAUUUCAAUAAUUUACUGUUAUAAACAUUAAAUAUGCUUUAUCUGAUUUAUAGCAAAAAAGGUAGGUAAUUGAAAUUUGACUUAUACUUCAAUACAACUUACUUAACAUAGACAGAUUUAACUACAGAGUUAUUAUUCAAUACAAUCUAUACUCAAUAAUAUUAAUAAAUCAUUUUACAAUAAUAUAGCAUAUUACAGAUAUUGGAAAUAGAUAUUUAAAGUGUGUUUUAUAAUUAUUACAUUUAAAUAUAUCUUUUUUUCAUUUGUACAUUUAAGAAAUAUAUGUGUUUUCAAUUAAUGAGAGGUUUUUUUUAUUAAAUUCGUGUUUGAUUUAAUCUAUUUUCACACUUAUUUAAAAUUAGUUUUCCUAAACUGGAGUUUAAAUGGAGUACUAAUUUCUAUUUUGAAUAUUAUCCUGAAAAAAUACAAUAUAAAAUAAAAUAAAUAGAUGCACAUGAAGGAAAUAGCAUUUGUACAUAAUAGGUACAAUACCUCAAUAGCCCACCAAAACCCGAUAAUUUAUACAUAAUUUAAAAUAUUGAACAGUGUCUAUUAAUAAUUAAAAUACCAUUGUCUGAUAAACCAUUAAAACUGUAAUAUUAUCAAUAUGAAAACAUCAAUGUUGUCAGCCUGAUAAAUGACUGUAGAAAUAUAAUACUAUGACUUAAGUUAAAAAUUAGGGAUAGCUAUAACUUGAGUUGGAGUGAGCACACAUUUUUAUUUUUAUAUAUUUUAAAAUCACUAAUUAAGUACUAAAAUUUGGUGAUAUAUUGAGAAAUAAUGCUUUUAAAUUGCCUGUUAACUUUACGGUCCAGUGGUAAAACUGUAAUGUUUGAGCCAUAUAUUGUUAUUUAUAUACAUUUUAAUUUUGUGAGUAAUUUUUAUUUGGUAGGUACUCUUUGGAUAAAUGUUAGAACAGAACUGCUUGAAAGUUAAUCAGGAUCUUAAUAUUAUAAGUUAUACUUUGUAUUCAAAACAAAAACCAAUUGAAUUUAAUGUAGUAUAUUUUUUUUAUAAGAAUUUUAAUAUCAAAUUUUAAUCAAGUUUUGGUAAAAAAAUAUGUGGAACAACUCUAGUUACUGGUCCAUACAAAUUGUUUCAACAUAUAUUUACUUUACUAUAAUAUGACAUAUAUAUUGUUGAAAAAGCAAUACUAUUAACUGAGCUCUGCUCAGAAUCGUUUUUUGUUAGCAAGUUUUGGUUACAGAUAUACAUUAAUUUUCCCUCUUCAUACUACCUUUCAACUUUUCUCAUUUUUUCAUCUUCAACAGUAGUCCACUCAUCCUGUGAAGUAUGUCCAUCUUUUUUUAUGACUAUGAUCAUUAUAUAAUAGUAGAGACCAUAAUACAUUUUAUAAAAUAAGUAGUACAUAGUCGUACAUUGUAAUAACAAUUGCAAGAUUGAUAUACUUUCGGUAGCUAAAUAAAUUUAAGUUAAGUAGUAUCACAAGAAAGUUUAUUAUAAUAUUAUAUUUAUAUUUUUUAAAUUAUGCAAUAUUUUUAACAUAGGUUUUCAUCUAGCUAUAUUGGUAUUUUCAUUUAAAAUUAGUUCUCUUGAAAUUUCAAAUAUUAAUUACCAGAUUGGAUUUUUUACCCCUAAAUUUAAGGAUAUUAUUUCUUAUUUGAGUAAUUCUUAGUGAACCAUUAAUGUAGCGGUAUUUUUUUAGAAUACUUCCACAGUCAAAAUAUCGUUCCAUUGUUCAUGUAUGCAUUUAUGACUAAAUGGUGUUAUACACACAUAUUCAAGUCAUAUAUUUUAUUUAAUAAAAUUAUUUUAUAGAGUUUCUAAUUAACUAAAACUUACCAAUUGCUAUUGUAAUAUUAACAAGAACUAGAACACAUAUUAGAACCUCUCUCAGCACUGUAACAUAGUCUUUAACUGUAAGCUAUACACAGGUUUUACUUCUUUUCUCUGUACUUUUCUACAUUGUCUUACACAAAACAUUGGUUUCAUUGUCGAUCUUUCUGGUAUAAAACAAAACAAGUUCUUAGAUAUUGAUACCUUCUAAUUCUAAUUUCUAUAAUUUUUCCCCAUAUCUUCAUACUAUGACUCAUCAAUUGUAUUCUAUAAUUUUCACACUAUUGUACAUCUCCCUUUACUUUUAAAUAGGUAUUACAAAAUUCUUAUUUUACUCAUCUGGAAUUUACUCUUUUACUAACACCUUAUUGAAAAAAAUCUUUUAACCAGCCUAUGCAUAGUUCUGUUAACAUAAGAUAGUUUAUAAAUGUCAUAUGCUAUGUACAGGCUAUACGUAUAUUUUAGAUUCUGAGGGAAGCAAAGAAGCUUAUGGUUUUACUAAGAUGUUUAUUUUAUUACUUUUUUUACAUCUUUACAAAACUUGUUCCGAUUUUUAAGUUUAGCACCUUUACUGAAAGAAAAUCGGUAUGGGGAGGUACUUUAAGCAAGUCAUUUUUUUGAUUUUUUCAAGAGUUUUCUCAUUAAAUGUGAAAAGCCAAAAAAAACGGGAAUAUGUAAGAAAUAUCUUUAUAAAAUAUUACGAUUUUUUUUCCUGUGGACAACUUUUCUACCAGCAAUUUAGUUUUAAAUUUUAAUGAUAUUAAUUUUUUUAAAAGGAAAUUUCAUUGGGGAGGUACUUUAAAGAGGUUGUUUUUGAUUUUCUUGAAAGUUUUCUCAGCAAAUCUUAAAGACGGGAUAAAUUAUGGGAAAACAAGGAAAAACGUUGGAAAACUGGGAUAAUCGGUACAAAAUUAAACAAAUGUUAUUUAAGAACAUACAUAUAUAAAGCCUAUUUAAUUAUUUUAUUUAAAAUGACAUAUAUUUUUGACAAACCAUCAGUAUCAACUGAACUCUGUUCAGAAUCGUUUUUCGUAAGUAAUAGUUUAUCGUUACUUACAGGUAUAUAUAUAUUAUCUAUAACAGCGGCUGUACCCAUUCUCAUUAUCCUAGGACCUAUUUUUUUUAAAUUUAUUUUGAUAUACAUGUGUAUUUUUACUAUUUUUACAGAGUAUUUCUACAUAA